GUCAAAAAUUUAUUAUUUCAGACCUUCAUUUUCUCUGCUCUGUUUCUCUUUUAAGAGACGCUUGCGGUUCUGUCCGGUUUCACAGUCGAAGCUCCUAUCACUGGUUUCACAAUGGGGGCGGAGAAAGGAAAGGAAAAUGACGCUUCAGCUGAAUCGCCGACUUCAGUUCUUGAAGACGAGGAGAAGUGCGAAGAAGAAAUCAUCAAGUUGGAGGAGGAAACAAUUCUGGACGCCAAAAAUGGGGAUUCUUCUCUUUUAUCAGGGUCUAUGGUCAAGGAGGAAGAAAAGUUAAUGGAAGUUCGGUUGAAAGAGGAGACAAAACAAGAGGAGCCUGCAGAGGCAGUGCACUUGAAUGACACUCAGUUUACUAGAUUGGAUGAGCUUUUGACCCAAACGCAGAUGUACUCAGAGUUUUUGCUUGAAAAGAUGGAGGACAUUACAUUUAUUGGCGCCGAGCCAGAAGCUGAAGCUCCUCAGAAAAAGAGAGGUCGAGGUUCAAAAAGAAGAGCUGCUAACCAGUACAACAAUAGGAAGGCCAAGAGGGCAGUUGCAGCAAUGCUUACAAGAUCUAAAGAGGCUGAGAAAACCGAAGAUGUAAACCUGACUGAGGAAGAAAAAAUUGAGAAAGAGCAGAGAGAACUUGUACCAUUGUUGACUGGUGGAAAAUUGAAGUCCUAUCAGCUAAAAGGAGUGAAGUGGUUGAUCUCCUUAUGGCAAAAUGGGCUGAACGGAAUCCUUGCUGAUCAGAUGGGUCUUGGAAAGACAAUUCAAACAAUUGCUUUUCUUGCACAUUUGAAAGGAAAUGGGAUGGAUGGGCCCUAUUUGAUUAUUGCUCCUCUCUCUACUCUUUCUAAUUGGAUGAAUGAGAUUGCAAGGUUUGCACCUACGAUGAAUGCAAUUAUUUAUCAUGGAAACAGGAAAGAAAGGGAUGAGAUUCGUCAGAAGCACUUGCCUAAAGUAAUUGGCCCCAAGUUUCCAAUAGUUGUUACUUCUUAUGAGAUGGCAAUGAGUGAUGCAAAGAAAUGUUUGAGGCAUUAUGAGUGGAAAUAUGUUGUGGUUGAUGAGGGGCACAGAUUGAAAAACUUUAACUGCAAACUAGUGAAGGAAUUGAAACACUUGCAUGUUGGCAAUAAGCUCCUCUUAACUGGAACACCUCUGCAGAACAAUUUGGCAGAGCUAUGGUCAUUGUUGAAUUUCAUUUUGCCUGAUAUUUUUCAGUCUCAUGAAGAAUUUGAGUCAUGGUUUGAUUUUUCGGGAAAAAUCAAUGGUGAGGUGUCAAAGGAAGAAAUGGAAGAGAAGAGAAGGAAUCAAGUGGUAGCUAAACUCCAUGCUAUAUUGCGCCCCUUUCUUCUUCGAAGAAUGAAGUCUGAUGUUGAGCAGAUGCUCCCUCGUAAAAAAGAGAUCAUAUUAUAUGCUUCCUUGACUGAGCAUCAGAAGAAUUUCCAGGAUCAUUUGCUUAAUCAAACUUUAGAAACCUAUCUAAGAGAGAAAGUUGACUCAGGACGUGGUGUAAAAGGGAAGCUUAACAAUUUGAUGAUUCAGCUUCGGAAGAAUUGCAACCAUCCAGAUCUCCUAGAGUCUGCCUUUGAUGGAUCAUAUUUAUAUCCACCAGUAGAGCAGAUAGUUGAACAGUGUGGAAAAUUCUGCUUGCUUGACAGGUUGUUGGCUCGGUUAUUUGAACGCAGACACAAAGUUCUCAUCUUCAGUCAGUGGACUAAGAUUCUGGAUAUAAUGGAUUAUUAUUUUAGUGAAAAGGGAUUUAAAGUUUGUAGGAUAGAUGGUAGUGUGAAGUUAGAUGAAAGGAGAAGACAGAUCCAGGAGUUCAAUGAUGAGAACAGCAAUUGUAGGAUAUUUAUUCUCAGCACAAGGGCUGGUGGCUUGGGUAUCAACCUGACUGCAGCUGAUACCUGUAUACUCUAUGAUAGUGACUGGAAUCCACAAAUGGAUUUGCAAGCCAUGGAUAGAUGUCAUCGGAUUGGACAAACCAAACCUGUUCAUGUUUACAGACUUGCAACUGCACAUUCUGUUGAGUGUCGCAUUUUGAAAAGAGCUUAUAGCAAGUUGAAGCUUGAGCAUGUGGUGAUUGGAAAAGGGCAGUUUCAUCAAGAACGAAAACCAGACAACAACCUAUGGGAGGAAGAGGAUCUACUGGCACUACUCCGAGAUGAAGAAACUGCAGAAGACAAGAUGAUACAGACAGAUAUCAGUGAUGAGGAUCUGGAGAGACUUCUGGAUCGCAGUGACCUUGUUACUGAAUCCGAUAAUGGAGAGAAGGCUAAGGCCGCCACUGCUGAUGCAGUUCCCCUCAAAGGUCCAGGUUGGGAGGUUGUGCUGCCAACUGGCUCCGGCGGCAUGCUUUCAACUCUCAACAGUUGACACUUAAACACGCCAGAGGCAUUUUCAUAUUGGGGGUGCUGAGUUGUACCACUUUUGGUUUUUUUGGUUGAGCUGAAAAAUUGCUCUAAAGAAAAAGGCUCUCGAUUCUUUUGAGCUGAUUUUUGUAAAUGGGGGUGUGCAUGAUCAGUAGGAAUAGGUAUAACAGAAACUAGUAAGUUGAUCACUGAUUAAUCAAUUGCUGACAACCCGAAACUUAGAAUUAAGCCAAUGGUCCUUUUUGAGGUGAAUUCCAAUGUAUGGAUCAAUGGUCCUUUUGAUUAUUGAUUUAGGAAGCUAUCA